CAAAUGAACCCGUUCAAAGGUGUUGCUGGCAGACGCAAAAAGCGUAGACUAAAGUCCGAAAUGGUUGAAGUCAAGCAAGAGCCUGGUAUUAAGGAAGAGCCCAACGAUGGUGACGAUGUCUUGAACAUACCACGGCCAAGAGUUGAUGGAAGAUAUCGUGUGAAUUACGAGGGACCGUUCAACUUUGCAGAUGACUAUGAUGCGAUUAAAGAUGAAAUCAAAUUUGAGGGGAAUUUGAUACCAUGUGACCGAUCGAAUGAAACUGCUGCUAAUGAUGGUGACAACGAAAAGCCUAUGGAAGAUGGCAUCGAUGUGCAACAACCGAAACCAGUUAGCAGUGGAAAGAAACAGAUCGGAAGCUCCAAAAGACGAAACAAACGAACAAUUCCCGGGAAUCAAGCGGCCAAAAAGCAAAAGAAGCACAAAUGCCAUAAGUGCAAUCAUUUGGCACGUUGCAAGGCUGAACUAUUACAACACUUGCGAAUUCACACUGGAGAAAAGCCGCAUCGUUGCGAAGUAAUGAACCCGUUUAAAGGUGUUUCUGGUGGACGCACCAAAUGCAAGUCAAAGUGCGUGAGGGUUGAAGUCAAGCAGGAGCCUGGUAUUAAGGAAGAGCCUAACGAUGAUGGUGGUUUCAUCAACAUACCACGGCCAAGAGUUGACGGAAGAUAUCGUGUGAAUUACGAAGGGCCGAUUGACUUUGCCGGUGACUUCGAUCAAACUAAAGAUGAAAUCAAAUGCGAAGAAGAAGAGACGGGCACAGAAAAGGACUUGACACCAUGUAAUAGACCGAAUGAUAGCAUCGCUGCCAAUGCUGAUGACAACGAAGAGGCUACGGGUGAUGUAAUCGAUGUUCAACCACCGCAACCCGUCCGCAGUGGAAAGAAACCGAAUUCGAAUCCCAAAAGGCGAAACAAACGAACGAUUCCCAGGAAUCAAGCGGCCAAAAAGCAAAAGAAGCACAAAUGCCAUGUGUGCAAUCAUUUGGCACGUUGCAGCGCUGCACUCCAAAUACACUUGCGAACUCACACUGGAGAAAAGCCGUUUCAGUGUGAU